AUGACCCGCACACUUCCACUGACAUACCCGGCGCCCGUCCGUCGCCUUACGGACCCCUCUCCCGCUGCCAUCGAGGCCGCAGCGGUCACCCUCGUCGCCGCCUUUGACAAUCCGACGACGCGCGCGUGUAACGGCGAAGCUUCCGAAGGCAUCGAUAUUGUUCGACAGCGGGCGACUCUUAUCGAAGCGAUCAUAGAUCCACGUAUGGAAGUGCUCGUGAUUGAAGAAGAGCAGGACGUGGCAGCACUCGUGUUCAUCAUCCCGCCAGAGUUUAAGCGGAGGCCGGUGGACUCUCUGGCACCUCACAAUGCCGCCCUCGCCGCCUUGGUGACCCCCGAGCUCGAGGCAGUGGGCAAGAAGCUUGACACAGCUCUUGCACAACUGAAGCUCGACACAUUCGGCCCCGCUGUCAACGAGAUGUACUCGAUAGGCCGACUGGCUACUUCCCCAGGGCACCAGCGCAAAGGGUUGGGUAGGAUCCUGCUAGACGUGAUCCUGGAUCGGGCGAGGAACGAGAACAGAGACAUUGCACUGGUGACGCCCACACCGUCGGUUCGCGACUGGUACCUGCGUAUGGGUUUCCAUAUCCAUGGAAAGCUGGACAUUGAGUUGAGGGUGGCCUCGCUCAGCUCCAGGCGGCUCAUGAAGGAGCUUGCCGACAUCAAGGGCAACGGCACGCCAACAGGCAUUGCGCUCGUGUCGGCAGACAACAUGGAAGAAUGGGUGUUCACCAUCCAAGUUCUGGGAGACGAGACAGUGUACAGGGGAGAGACGUUUGCCCUUCGAAUCCGCUUUGGUGAACGAUAUCCAAUCGAGUAUCCAGAGGUAACCUUUCUCGCCCAUGGCCAGUACAAGCCGCCCAUGCACCCACACGUGUACACGAAUGGUCACAUCUGUGCCAGCAUCCUCGGUCCAGAAUGGUCACCUGUGCUCAACGCGGUGAGCGUGUGUAUUACGAUGCAGUCGAUGCUGGCGUCGUGUAAGAAGAAGGAAUGGCCUAAGGGAAACGACUCUUACGUCGCCCGUGCACCCGCCAACCCAAAGCACACGCGGUGGGAAUACCACGACGAUACGGUCUAG